AUGUCGAAUCCUGGGAGUCGGAGGAACGGGUCCAGCAUCAAAAUCCGACUGACAGUAUUAUGUGCCAAGAACCUCGCAAAGAAAGACUUCUUUCGUCUGCCAGAUCCUUUUGCCAAAGUCGUGGUGGACGGAUCAGGUCAAUGCCACUCUACAGACACAGUAAAGAGCACACUGGACCCCAAAUGGAAUCAGCACUAUGACCUCUACAUUGGUAAAACAGACUCCAUCACUAUCAGUAUAUGGAACCACAAGAAGAUCCAUAAACGACAGGGGGCAGGUUUUCUGGGCUGCAUACGACUGCUUUCUAAUGCCAUCAGCAGGCUAAAAGACACAGGAUACCAGCGUCUAGAUCUAUGUAAGCUGAACCCCUCUGACAGUGAUGCAGUGCGGGGGCAGAUUGUAGUGAGCCUGCAAACACGAGACCGCAUUGGCAGCGGAGGCCCUGUUGUGGACUGUAGAGGACUGUUAGAAAAUGAUGGGCCUGUGUUUGAGGGGUGUUUCAGUGAAGAACCGCUGCCCUACUCCGACUCCACCGGUGCCGCGGGAGGCGGGAACUGUCGGCUCGACUCUCCCAGUCAGGAGAGCCGUCUUCAGACCCAGCGAAUCAGAGGGCAGGACUCCAGAGGUCAUGGCCACACCCCUCAGAACAGACCGCAUGGGCACCAACCGCCUGACCUGCCAGAGGGAUACGAGCAGCGAACAACAGUGCAGGGCCAGGUGUACUUCCUCCACACACAGACAGGCGUCAGCACCUGGCAUGACCCCCGGAUACCACGGGAUUUGGCCAGCGUGAGCUGUGAGGAACUCGGGCCUUUACCUGUAGGCUGGGAGGUCCGAAGCACCGUGUCUGGCCGGAUCUACUUUGUGGACCACAACAACCGAACCACACAGUUCACAGACCCGCGCCUACACAACAUUAUCAGUCAGCAAUCACAAGUGAAGGAAUCUUCCCAGGCCCCCCAGAUGGAUGUGGGGGGUGAGGAGGGGGUCGGUGGAGGAGUAAGUGGCGGCGGCGGAGGAGGAGGGGAUGGAGAUGUGGCAGCGCGAUACGAAAGAGAUUUAGUGCACAAGUUAAAGCUGCUCCGCCACGAGCUGUCGCUGCAGCAGCCUCAAGCGGGACACUGUCGUAUAGAGGUGUCCCGAGAGGAGAUCUUUGAGGAGUCAUACCGGCAGAUAAUGAAGAUGAGGCCCAAAGACUUGAAGAAACGGCUAAUGGUGAAGUUCAGGGGAGAGGAAGGACUCGAUUAUGGUGGAGUGGCCAGGGAGUGGUUGUACCUGCUGUGUCACGAGAUGUUAAACCCCUAUUACGGCCUGUUCCAGUACUCCACAGACAAUAUCUACACACUACAGAUCAACCCAGACUCCUCCAUCAAUCCUGACCACCUGUCAUAUUUCCACUUUGUGGGUCGUGUGAUGGGCCUGGCAGUUUUUCACGGUCACUACAUCAACGGGAGCUUCACGUUGCCCUUUUACAAACAGCUGCUUGGCAAACCCAUCCAACUCAACGACCUGGAGACCACCGACCCCGAGUUGCACAAGAGCCUCGUCUGGAUAUUGGAGAAUGACAUCACUUCAGUACUCGAUCACACGUUCUGUGUAGAGCACAAUGCCUUUGGGAAGUUCUCACAACAUGAACUCAAGCCUAAUGGUCGUAAUGUCCCCGUCACUGAGGAGAACAAGAAGGAAUAUGUAAGACUUUAUGUGAACUGGAGGUUUAUGCGUGGAAUUGAAGCCCAGUUUCUGGCUCUGCAGAAGGGGUUCAGUGAGCUCAUCCCACAGCACCUCCUCAAACCCUUUGACCAUAAAGAACUUGAGUUGAUCAUUGGUGGACUAGGAAAAAUAGACCUUGCAGACUGGAAGACUAACACCCGUCUGAAACACUGCACAAGUGAAAGCAAUGUGGUGCGGUGGUUCUGGCAAGCAGUGGAGGCUUUCAGUGAGGAGAGGAGAGGACGCCUCCUGCAGUUUGUCACAGGCUCCACCAGGGUCCCCCUACAGGGAUUCAAAGCGCUGCAGGGCUCUACAGGUUCUGCAGGACCAAGACUCUUCACCAUCCACUUGAUAGAUGCUAACACAGAAAACUUGCCCAAGGCUCACACGUGUUUCAACAGGAUAGACAUCCCUCCCUAUGAGUCUUACGAGAAGCUUUACGAGAAACUGCUGACUGCUGUGGAGGAGACCUGCGGCUUUGCUGUGGAGUGAUGAAUCUGCGCACACUUGGCCCUUGCACGUGCACACAGACUAUGUGACAUUUUACAUAUAUGCACACACACACAAACCGAAUAUCAAGUAUACACCAAGUAUACAGAGCAGCCAAGCAUCACAAGAACACACUCACUCUCCUGCCACCCCUUCACCUCCCGAACCUGUUGGAGGUUAAAGGAGGAAGCACAGCAAGAGGAGAACAUUUAAAAAAAAAAAAAAAGAACUAAAGAUUUUUUCAAAUGUUUUGAAGAAGCAUUUUUAUCCUUCUGUUUUAACAAGCUAUGAUGUCAUCCUUCAGAAUGUUUAACCACCGCAGCGAAGUCUCGGGACGGAUUCAGCCAAUCGCAUACGAAGCCGGGAACAUAGAAAUCAGAUUUGUGAAGAAGACGACGAAACAAAAAAAAAGAAAAAAGACAGAGCCUGUUUGUCUUUCUGCCUGACGAGUCGAUUGAUUGACUAGUAUUCAUGCUUCGUGUUUAACCACUGUCGUGUCUCAGAAUGAGCGCAUGUAUGUACACGUGUUUGUCUGGGUGUGUGUGCAUGUGAGAGAGUGCAGAUCUAUGUGUCUGCGUGUUUUUGUGUUUGUGUCAGGCAUGACACUCGGUUACGCUGUAAAAAUGAUCAAAUGAGCCUGCUCCUCUUUUUCUUUUUUUUUUAAAUCUUAAUUCCUUUGUUUGUAUCUGCGACCACUCUGAUCCACUCUAUUUUAUUAUUUAUUACUAAGUGAUUACUGACCAAGCUGCUAUAUGCUCUGCGUGGAGCCCACACUAAUGUCCUCAUCACCCCCUCCCCCAUAGUUGAAGGGUCAAUUCACAUGCAAGUAACCCACAAAGUGGGUUCUAUUGAAUUUUGUUACAUUUUUUUAACAUUCGUAUUACUGCAGAGAAAUACUCCUUGUCAUUGUAUGAAACCUGCUAGUGUUUUUGGUGUUUUAAAUGCCCUGUUACAUCUGUUAAAAAUGAAAUCAAAGUGGCUUUCCCAAGCCUUGAUUUAAAAAAAAUUCUAACUCUACUGAUGUUAUGGAGAGGUCAUCUGGAUUUGUUUUUUUAAACCGAGGAUUGAAAGAACGUGUUUCUGGAAUUCUGUAUAGUUACAUCUCCUAAGCCUUUUAUACAAGUUUUAGCCCUCAUUUUACCUGCUUUUUUUUGUGGCCCUGAUCCCCGCCCCUUUUUCUCUCCAUAGCCUGAAUGUUGGCAAGAAGUCAUCUUCAAGACCACCAUGAAUGAGUUUCUUAACAGUCAUUAAUGCUCCAAAUUGAACGAAAUCAGAAGCUUAGAAGUUGAGCAAACAACAUAGAAAGUUCUGUUUUAAAUUGAAGACUGUUAAUAAGCAGGACCAUUUCAGUCUGUAUUAUCAAGGGUAUGAGUUCACUGUGUAAUGGAUGCAGAAGUAUUGUAACUUACUAUGUACUAAACAUUUAUGAAAAAUGCGUUGUAAAUAAGAUUAUAUUAAAAGAAAUUACAUUGAAAAUACA